AUGUUUAAAAGGUCACCUGGCAGCACGAGUGGCGAUGAUGUUUCACGGAAAGGACGUGCGAAGCCACGCCCAGCGGGUUAUAAGGACAAAAAUCCACACAACCUCGUUGAUGCACAACGGCGUGCCGAAUAUCUUCAGAAGUACUGGUGGAUCCCAGCUUCAGGUACAGCUGGGUUGCCAAAGGACCCCAUGUCCAAACAGGCCCGUGUUGACAAACUAUUCGCCGCAAUGACGGACUUCAGCGAUGUCUGGGACUCGGACAACAUUUUCACUGAAGGCCGAAGUAUUGACAAUGAUGACAUUGAGUACGCGUGUAUGCGAAUAGGAGAUGCAAUUGAUGAUCUGCACCGCAAUGGCCUCUGCGUGCCACACAUCGCUGAUCCAACGAUGAAGGAAGUCCUUAGAAAGCAAAAACGUUGGCGUGUUGAUACAUUCGAGAGAGACAUGACUGCCACUGAGCGUGAGGACGCCAUUGCGGAUCAUCUUAGGCAUUAUAAAAAAGCCUGUUUAGACGCCAUAGAUCGCACUAAAGAAUUAUCUCUGCUGUUUGUCGCUGCACCCAUCACCGCAGGUAAGAGGCGAGAUGCUAAUGCCAAGUCCAACUACACUCGGAAAAAGAGAUCCAGUACAUUUCAAAAGUCAAGGUUUGUGACGGGCGUUACAGAGAUUGAUCGAAAUAUAGGGAGCGGGAAUCUCUCUUGUAGCUUUAGUCAGAUCACGCCGGCCGUACCGUUAACAGAUCGUGUUGCGUACGGAACAGAGUACUUAAAUCUCGAAGACAAGGACGUCCAGAUCUCUGAUGCAACAAGUAAUGCAGGCUGCGUUUCUGAAGAUCCUGCGCUGAGCAUGAAUUUCGCGAACAGCAUGAUGCUCUCGAGAGACAUGUUGAAUGAGACUCAAACCGUCUUGACAGAAAACAGCACACCUUUCUUCCGUGAUGAAAACAUCAAUGCGGACGUAGAUUGGAUCGGUAUUGACUCAAUUCCGGAAAUGCAAUACGACUGGCUUAGCGAGCCUGAUGGGUAUCUUAUUGGACGGUAG